AAUAUCAUCCAAGCAUCCUAUCAGUCUCCUUUGCAAUUCAGACAGUCACCAUAUGGACCUCCGCCACCCUCUUCACCAAUGCUGGCCACUGCCCUUCAUAAUCCACAGUUGAUGCAGGCAUCAUACCGGCUGCCAGAUGGAACUUUGGUGUCACCCUAUGCAGAUCCACAUUCUUCACCACAGCUUAAUCAAGCGUUGCAGAACCAACAAAUCCGUGGAGCUUCAUACAUUUUGCCAGAUGGAUCGGUUAUCAGGGACCCACGAAUUCCUCAGAAGCCCACGUCUCCCAACCUUGCCAGAGCUCUUCAGAACCAGGAUCUCAGGACUGCUACUUACACUUUACCUGAUGGCACAAUUAUAGAUCCUAGACAGCAACCUGUUUCACCAAACUUGGCUAAGGCCCUGAAGAACCCAGCACUCCGUGAAGCUUCUUAUUCACUCCCUGAUGGUACCAUUGUCAUUGACCCAAAGAAACCAAAAUCCCCCAACCUUGCAGCUGCACUUCAGAACCCUUACCUGAAAAGCGCCUCUUACACACUGCCUGACGGUACUAUUAUCAUCGAUCCACGAAAGCCUGCCUCUCCAAAUCUUUCUAAUGCCCUUCAGAACCCCGCCCUCAGGAACGCCUCAUUCAAUCUGCCGCAGGGAGUUCGUGACCCUAAUACACCCAUAUCUCCAGACUUGUUUAAGGCCCUUAAUAACCCAGCCUUGAAAGGGGCAACUCUGACCCUACCCGAUGGGACUAUGAUAGUUGAUCCGAGAAAACCAAAGAGUCCCAACCUGACGGCUGCGCUUCAAAACCCUUACCUUAAGGGUGUCUCAUACACCUUGCCUGAUGGAACCAUCAUCAUUGACCCACGAAAACCUCUCAACCCUGACUUGUCGAAAGCUCUCGAGAAUGUAAACCUUCGAAAUGCUACAUACCAGCUCCCUGAUGGAUCCUUGGUCAUUCCUGGUCAACAACCUAAAACUCCAAACCUUUCCUUUGCCCUGAGGAAGAACAUGGCCCUUCGUUCUGCAGAUCGCUUUCAUCUUCCUCAGAAUUCUGCCCUGACAGGGGCACCUAAACCCUCCAUUCCAAACCUUUCCACUGUCCUGAACAACGAAGACAUGCGUGGUGCCCAUUACAGGUUGCAAGAUGGCUCCAUUCUGACAAGACGGUUCCAUAAUCCCAGUAUGGUGGAUGCGAUCCAAAAUCAACAGCUUCGUUACGCCUCAUACAGGCCACCGGCAGGACUACAGGGUGCGGAUAAUCGAUAUGCUGUGAUUCCCCCCUACGGACCGUACUCCGGCCACUGGGCCAGGAAUGCCAGAGGAGCCGGGGAAGCAGGGGAGGAUGUUUGGGCCGCUGAAAGGGUUUUGCCCCAUGGCACCGUCCAGAAUCUGGCCAAGUGGUCGAUGUACAGAGAAGCUGGAGUGUUAGAUGGAUAUUUACCUACACCUAAAGUUGAGGAUGGAGAGAUUCAGGAUCCAGACUGGACUCCUGUCAGGGAGAGGAUGCCUGGGCAAAGCUGGUAUGAUAAGAUCUACUCUGUCCUAAGCAUGCCAACAACUGGCCACAGGGUAAAACGCUGGGCUGAGGGCAUGGAAGACUUGACACAGCUACCGGAGCUGAAUGAGACCACCGUUCUGAUGAAUCUCAAGAAACGCUACGACCAGGAGCUCAUUUAUACCUACAUCGGCAGCAUCCUUGUGUCUGUCAACCCUUACAAGUUGCUGAACAUUUACGGCACAGACAUGGUGCUCCAGUAUGAGGGCCAUGGCUUGAGUGACAACCCUCCUCAUCUUUUUGCCCUCGCUAAUCUCUCAUACACCAACAUGAUGGAUGCCAAAAACAACCAGUGUAUUGUGAUCAGUGGCGAAAGCGGGUCUGGGAAGACGGAAGCAACGAAACUGAUUCUACGUUACUUGACAGCCAUACAUCACAAACGCAAUGUAACCCAACAGAUAGAGAUCCUAGAAGCCACGCCUUUGUUGGAGUCCUUCGGGAACGCCAAAACCGUGCGCAAUGACAACUCUUCGCGCUUUGGCAAAUUCACGCAGAUCUGCAUGGAGCAGGGUGUAAUCAGCGGUGCCAUAACGUCUCAGUAUCUGUUGGAGACAUCCCGCAUUGUCUUUCAGGCCAAAUCGGAGAGGAACUACCACAUCUUCUACGAGAUGUUGGCAGGUCUUCCUCCGCACGAGAAGCGCUCGCUGUAUCUGCAGGAUGCUGAGACCUACUACUAUCUCAAUCAGGGAGGGGACUGUACGAUCGAGGAGAAGGACGACGCGGAGGACUUCAGACGACUGCUGAAUGCCAUGGACAUCCUGCGCUUCACCCCCGAGGAGCAAAAGGGCAUUUACAGACUUUUGUCCUCCAUCCUCCAUCUUGGCAACGUCUACUUCCAGCCACUCCAGGCCGAAGGCCAGGAGGCGGCGUCGGUGGUGAGCGCCCAGGAGAUUCGGGUGGUGGCCGAGCUGCUGCAGGUGUCCCCUGAAGGCCUGCAAAAGUGUGUCACCUUCAAAAUGAUGGACACAGUCAGGGAAAAGAUCUACACUCCACUCACAGUCGACAAUGCUGUGGAUGCCAGAGAUGCUGUUGCCAAGAUCCUCUACUCGCUGCUCUUCAACUGGCUGACGGAGCGCAUCAACGGACGCGUGUACCCCCGCAACCACGCGCUCUCCAUCGCCAUCCUGGAUAUUUAUGGAUUCGAGGAGCUGCAGGUGAACAGUUUUGAGCAGCUGUGCAUCAACUACGCCAACGAGACCUUGCAGUUCUACUUCGGCAAAGUCAUCAUCCAGCAGGAGCAGGAGGAGUACAUGCGGGAGCAGAUUGAGUGGCAGCAGCGAGCCUUCAACCACAACCAGGCCUGCCUGGACCUCAUCGCCGCAAAGCCUCAUGGGAUACUGCGCAUCCUGGACGAUCAGUGCGGCUUCCCUCAGGCAACCGACCACACCUUCCUGCAGAAGUGCCAUUAUCACCAUGGUAACGACCCCCUCUAUGCCAAGCCCAAGAUGGCGCUGCCAGAGUUCACCCUCAAGCACUACGCCGGCAACGUCACCUAUCAGGUGCACAAGUUCUUGGAUAAAAACUUUGACACGGUCCGGCAGGACGUCCUGGACCUCUUCAUCCAGAGCAAACACAGAAUGGUGUCCGACCUCUUCCUCAAACACUCGGAGGUCGUGUCCCUGCAGCGCUCCCACGCGCGGCGCAGCAGCACGGCUCGCCGCUUCCAGGCCAACACGGUCAGUGCAAAGUUCCAGAGCAGCUUGCAGGAGCUGCUGGAGAAGAUGGAGAGGUGUAACCCUUAUUUUGUGCGGUGCAUCAAGCCAAACCACCUAAAGGAGGCCGGACUGUUUGACACAGAGCUGGUGAGCACGCAGCUGCGUUACUCCGGAAUCAUGGAGACCAUCCAGAUCCGCAAGGAGGGUUACCCGGUCAGGCUCACCUUUGACGGCUUCCUCUCAAGGUAUAAAGCCCUGCUCUGCAUGAAAGAAACGCCGCCCGCCCUCGGAGAAAACUGCGCCAUCGUGCUGCGCAAACUGGGCCCCGUCAAGGUCGGCUCCUUCCAGCUGGGAGUCAGCAAGAUCUUCCUGAAAGAAGAGCUACAUCAGCUGUUGGAAAGCAAGCGGGACCGCCUGCUCAACAUCGCCGCCCUCACGCUGCAGAGAUACGUGCGCAUGUACUUCAUCCGCAAGAACUUUGUCAAGUUCCGACACUGCCUGACACGCUUUCGUGCUCGUUGCAAAGGCUACGUGAUCAGGAGAAAGUUUUCUAUGAGGAGGAAAUACUUGAUCAGGCUGCGCUCCAUCGUGCGGCUCAUUGUCAACCGGCAGCGUUACAUGCGGACGGUGGUGGAUCCUGCGAGGAAGGCUGAGGAGGUGAGUGAGGGUGAAGAGGAGGAACGCAUCAAUAGAGAAGUGGUGAAUGUGACCACGCUGCCUAUCCCUGCCCAGCUGGCCGCGCUGCUGCAGGCGGCUUCAGGUGGAGCCGAACUGCACUCGGACUGCUUGGCACUCGUCCAGGCUCCAAAGGUUCAGGUCGACCCCCAGUUGACCUUGCCCCUGGACAUCAACAACUACCUCAUGACUCAUUACAUCCGCACCAUAUUUAGGGAGCCGUUGUUUGGGAUGCUGACAGCCCCACUGGAGAACUCCCUGACCCGAUUGGACCAGGAGCUUCAGCAAGGAUCGCUCAACGUUUUUGUGCUGAUCCUUCGCUUCAUGGGCGACCCCGACUUGAACGGGGCCCAGGAGAACCUCUUUGGCAACUACAUCGUCCAGAGAGGACUCGCUCGCCCCGACCUCCGAGACGAGAUCUUCGCCCAAGUCGCCAACCAGGUGUGGAGGAACCCCAACGUGCUGAAUUGUGAGCGGGGUUGGCUCCUGUUGUCCUCGUGUCUGUCCGCCUUCAUUCCCUCUCCAAGGCUGGUCAAGCACCUGAUCAAGUUCGUGUCGGACUACGGCCCGGAAGGCUACGACUCGGUGUGUCAGCGCCGUCUGCUCCAGGCCAUGCAGGGGCGGAGCGCGGGGCCGGAACACGUGCGCACGUACCCGCCCUGCCUGCUGGAGUGGACCGCCAACCGCAAGCGAGCGCACACGGUCCUGCACGUGCACUGUUUCGAUGGUGUGUCCGUCCUUUGUCCCGUGCACUCGUGGACUAGAGGGGAGGAGAUGGCCAGAGACAUCCUACAACACAGGGGUGUGACGGAGGGUCGUCGGGGGUGGUCCAUGCUGCUAAAGGAGGCGGCCCAGUUGGUGGAACUAGAGGGGUCAGACUAUGUCCUGGACCUUAUGUCAGACUUGGAGCUCCCGGCGGACUUUCCUAAACACAGCAGCUACUUCAUCAUCUCUGCACAGGAUCCAGGCCGAGUCAGGCCCAAUGCUAGCAUAAGUCUGCUGGGCGGUGGGUUUGAUGCCAACGACGAUGUCUUAUUGUCCGCCAUAGCGUCUGACGGGUUCGCCAGCCAGGAUGCCGAGCCUCCGCCAGGGAUGGAUCGUUAUCUCGACAGCCUGUUUGACCCGGUUCUCUCCGAGGGGACUGCGGAAGUGGACUCUGCUGCCCUCCUCUCCAGCAGGAUGAAGGGCGCCGGAGGAGUCGGCUGGCACGACCCAGACCAGUCCGGCGGCCCCCCACCUCCACCUGGCGCUGUGCGGGUCCUUCCUGUGGGAGCUGUGAUGUCACCUCGCGUUGCGGCCGUCGCCCCCGUCACCCCUGAUGUCCAGCAGGCGGUCCUGGCCCGGCAGCAGCAGAUAAACCAGCAGGCCGCCAUCAUGGCGCAGCAGUCCAUGUCCAGCCCCCCGACCUCACCCGUCACAAGCCCGCCCACCAGCCCUCAGCUCCAGCAUCCGCCCAGCCCAUACGCCGCCGUGCCUCCGAGUCCCUACGCCAACAUCCCGCCCAGCCCGUACGCCAACUUCACGCCAUCGCCCUACGGCGCCGUCAGCCUCCCGUCCAGUCCCUACCCACCUCCCUCGGCGACUAAUACUCCAUUGCAGCCUCCGGGUCAACCCGCGCCAGAGGGCCCGACGCGGCCCAAGGACCCAGAGAUGAGCCCCGCUGGAACCGACAGAACUGGGUCGACGCCGCCGGAGGCUAGUCCGCCCACGCAGUCGAAUAAAGACAGCGUUCCUCGGAGGAAAGCACCAACAAUUCCUACAAACAAGGACAAACCUGCCAAAACUUUUGCCCCAGUGCCCACGUCUGCGCCGCCCCCUGCCGGUGAGAUGGUGAAGUACUCCCCUCGGCCAGCAGAGCAUCUUGUGCCCAGCCACGACAUUCAAGAAAUUAUCAGGCGAUACAACUCCCCACCUCCACCAAUGGAGCCACUCCCACCUGGGAAAAGGAGACCAGAGGGUAAAUUCAAGAAGAAACAAACACCUCGUGAUGAAGCGUUACAGAUCCUAAAGCCUCAGAUGAACAACCCUCCUGCUCCACAGCCUAAACGUCCAGAGGCUCCGCCUCCUUCUGCCCCUGUGAUGAAGGAGACCACUUCGAAACCCACCAGGAGCACCAAGACCCGAGCGCCAGGUCGUCCGGUUCCGGUCCCCCCACCAGUGUCUCGAGAGUUGCCUGUGGAAGCGGAGAACAUUCAGACUCAACUGCACCAGAGCACCAACGAGGAACACUACACCUACACCAACGUUCCCUGGAGACUUUACCUCAGGAAAGAGGUGUUUUACCCCAAAGACAACUUCAACAGCCCGCUGGUGUUGGACCUCAUUUUCAAACAGAUAGUUAACGACACUCUGUCAGAGGCGUGCGUCCGCAUCAGGCGGGAUGAAAGGCAGAGGAUGAAAGCUCUCUUUGGCGAACAUGGCGUCCGACAGAACAUGGACCAGGUGGAAGAACACGUGAAGAAAAAGGUCGUCACGGCCGCCAGGGACACCUGGGAAAUUUACUUCUCCAGACUCUUCCCUGCUUCGGGUAGCGUGGGAACAGGCGUGCAGGUCAUGUCGGUGUCGCAUGGCGGCGUCAAGCUGCUGAAGACCGUGAGGAGCAGCGCCACAGCUCCGGACUACUUCCGAGUCCUCCGAGCGUACACUUACGCAGACAUCUUGUUCGUGACCAUCCCGUCUGAGAACAUGCUGGAGUUCAUCCUGACCAACGACAAGCUCAUCUUGUUCUCGGCCAAGGCGCCGCAGGUCAAACACCUGGUGGACGCCUUCAUCAACGAGAUCAAGAAGGAUUCAGACUACGUGAUCGCAGAGCGUAACUUCGUGGCGGACGACCGCUCCAUGCUCAACUUCCACAAGGGCGACAUCAUCAGGCUGCAAGUGCUGGACGGGCUGGAGAAAGGUUACAGCUAUGGCUGCGUUGUGAGGAAGAAAGUGGUGUUUUUGGAGGAGCUGAAAAAGAAUACACCCGACUUUGGCUGGAAGUUUGGCGCCGUGUUCGGACGCUCGGGCGCCUUCCCCGCCGAGUGCGUGCGCCCCGUGGCGCCUCCGGACUUCCUGGCCCUGCCGCUGGACCGCAAGGCGGAGCCUCGGGGAGGGGCGGGGCAGUUUGCAGCGUCGUCGGCGGUGGCGGUGGCCGUGGCGUCCACCAUGGCCGCGCACGAGAUCGACCAGACCAUCGAGAGGGUUUCUCUGGAUGGCUUCGAUGGCGACGUGGACGAGAGGGCUCUGCAGGACAGCAAAUACGACAUGCUGGAGUUCGCCAAGAAAUACUUCAGACAUGCAGCCGGGAGGCGAGGGGACUCCCUGAAGAACAGGAGCAAGAGCCGAGACUCCAGGGUACCUGAGGAAAUGAUCAAGUUCUCCAAGACACCCCUCAGCGAGUCUCUGAUAGAGUUCACCGACCCGGCCAUGGACAGAGUGGCGGCGGACCUCUUCUUGUCGGUCAUGCGCUUCAUGGGGGACGCUCCGAUAAGGGGACUGACGGAACAGGAAGUGGUCGCCACUUUCCUCAAGCUGAUAGGAGAUUUCACCUUGAUGAGGGACGAAGCCUACUGUCAGGUGCUCAAACAGAUUACAGCCAACACCAGCUCCAAAGCUGACAGCUGCCAGCGAGGAUGGAGGCUCCUCUACAUCCUGACUGCUUUCAGCCGCUGCUCCGAGGUCCUCAAGCCCGUCCUCCUGAAAUACCUGAUGCAGGCCUCUCUCGGCGCCAGUGUACAGUAUCAGGGUAUCGCCAAAGCGUGUGAGCAGAACCUGAAGAAGACGUUCCAACAUGGCGGCCGCACUGUUCCACCCAACAACAUGGAGCUCAAAGCUAUGCUGUCGGGGAGAAGCUCCAAGCGUCAGCUCUUCCUCUUCCCGGGAGGCAUUGAACGCCACGUGAAAAUCAAAACGUGCACCGUCUCCCUGGAGGUGAUCGAGGAACUGUGUUACGAGAUGGCCUUACACAGACUGGAGGCCAUCGAGGAAUACGCCAUAUUUUUAGUCACCGGCAGAGGUCAGAACGUGCGCCCGCUCAACAAACACGAGUACAUCCUGGAUGUCGCCUCAGAGGCCGAGGUCGUGGACAACAACUACAGCUUCUGGUUCCGACGGGUGGUCUGGACACAGCCUCUCAAGUUCGACAGCGAGCUCUACGUGGCCAUGCACUACAAUCAGAUCCUGCCGGACUACCGCAAAGGUCUCCUGAACGUUCUCCCGCCCGGAGCGGUGAGCGACCAACAGUUGCAUCAGGUCUCCAAGCUGGCCGCCUUGCAGCACCGAGCCAAAGACCUGCUCUUCAUCCCCAGCAUACACGAGCUGUCGGAGUACAUCCCCGCGCCUCUCUUCAAAAAGCAGCCGCCCCAGCAGUGGGUUGCCAUGGCGACGCAGCACAUGCAGCAAGUGCAGACCUUGAGUCCACACCAGGCCCGCGCACAGUUUAUGGGUCUGGUCAGCGCCUUCCCCAUGUUCGGCUCGUCGUUCUUCUACACCCACAGCAGCAGCUCCACCUCCUUCUACGCCCCCUGCAUCGUCGCUGUCAAUCAAAACGGCCUCCACUUCCUGCACAGGAGCACCCACGAAGCGAUGGCGGCGGUCCCCCUGGUGGAGGUGCAGGCCAGCCGCACCCAGAGGCCCUCGGCCGGGGCCAGCUACCCGUAUGUCGACCUCGCCCUGGGCGACAUGGACGCGCAGCGGCUCGUUCAGCUGCAGCUGGAGCAGGGCCUGGAGCUGUGUCGAGUGAUCGCCAUGCAGGUGGAAAACAUGAUGCUGCUGCGCGAGAAGAGGCUCACUCUGCCGCCCAGCGAGAUCACCAUGCUGUAGAGCAGGGCUGUACAAAGUGCGGCACAUUUUUUUAAAAAAUUCUUAGCAUUCUAAUUAGCAUCUUUUUUUGCUAGUUUUGCACAUAGACAUCUUAUAAGUAGACGCAGCAUGGAGCGCUACUGCCUACUGGCGCAGACGAGACGCGGGGCCGCCAUCUUGGAGUGGUGAUCCGCUCCACUCAGUGCAAUUCAUUUGGCAGGAGCAAUGAACUGUCAGCACAUUUAAUUCAUCUUACCUCACUCAAUACCACUGAUUUUCACACGUUUUUUUGUCAUAUGUGUAGCUAUGAUAAAGGACACAUGUUUUAUUAUUCAUAGUUUGCUUAACAGUAAUAGAAUAUUCUUACAUGCUAUAAGUCAGGGGUGUCAAACUCAAAUACAGAGUGGGCCAAAAUGUAAAACUGAACAAAGCCACGGGCCAAGGUUGAACAAAUUACCCUUUUAAUAGGGACCCAAACAAGUUUUGCAUUGAAUAUUGAACAAGCAAGGCUUAUAUAACUUUAUAGUGACAUGCAAAAUCCAGUUUCAAAUAAUAAUAAUAAUAAUUUGAAAUUAUCAAUGGCAUAUCAAAUACAAUUUAAAUAAAAAUGUAAUGCCUCUUUUCUAUUUGCAGCCUUCUGAGGUAAAUAUCAACAUCAACUUUUUCCACAGGCUAAUAAUAAAUGUGAAAAUAAAAUAACAAUUAAUAAAUCAACCAUUCAGGACUUUUUACUGCUCAGUUUGCAACACACUGAUCUAAUCUGAUGUGCCCAAGCCAGAUACCUGCCAUCUUUUCUGGGAUGCUAGUUCAUUAAUGUCGGGGCUCAGGUGGGCGGGGUGUGUAUAUUGUAGCAUCCCGGAAGAGUUAGUUCUGCAAGGGGUUCUGGGUAUUUGUUCUGUUGUGUUUAUGUUGUGUUACGGUGCGGAUGUUCUCCCGAAAUGCGUUUGUCAUUCUUGUUUGGUGUGGGUUCACAGUGUGGCGCAUAUUUGUAACAGUGUUAAAGUUGUUUAUACGGCCACCCUCAGUGGGACCUGUAUGGCUGUUGAUCCAAGUAUGUCUUGCAUUCGCUUAUGUGUGUGUAGAAGCCGCAUAUAUCAUGUGACAGGGGCCGGCACGCUGUUUGUAUGGAGGAAAAGCAGACGUGACGACAGGUUGUAGAGGACGCUAAAGGCAGUGCCUUUAAGGCCCGCCCCCAAUAUUGUUGGUUGGGUGAAAAUCGGGACAAAUUCGGGAGAAUGGUUGCCCCGGGAGACUUUCGAGAGGGGCACUGAAAAUCGGGAGGGUUGGCAAGUAUGAGUAUUAGCAGUGUUACAGCGGCAGCGCCGCUUUAUAAUGCCGGCGGGCCAGCUCUAAUGUUAAUUUGAUAUUGCCUCAAGGGCCAAAUGAAAUUACACUGCAGGCCAGAGUUUGACACCCAUGCUAUAAGUGAUCAGACGUCCGAGAUCAAACUGGGAAUAUAAUCCCAGAGAAGGGGGAAAAAAACGGUCAGCUAUUUUUAAGUUGAAGAAACAAUAUGAUUAGGUUAUAUAUACAUGCGUAUAUCCUACAUAAACAAUGUAUGACUACAUUAGAUAUCUAUAUAUCAUAUAGACUGUAUCUCUCUUGCUGCAGCAGCAGAGAGUUUAUUAUGUCUUGACACUUUGUAUUGAUAUUUUGUAGGGAUGUCCGAUAAUGGCUUUUUUUGCCGAUAUCCGAUAUUCCGAUAUUGUCCAACUCUUAAUUACCGAUACCGAUAUCAACCGAUACCGAUGUAUACAGUCGUGGAAUCAACACAUUAUCAUGCCUAAUUUGGAUAACCAGGUAUGGUGAAGAUAAGGUCCUUUUUUUAAAAAUAAUUAAAAUAAGAUAAAUUAAAAACAUUUUCUUGAAUAAAAAAGAAAGAAAGUAAAACAAUAUAAAAACAGUUACAUAGAAACUAGUAAUG